GCCCUAGCGGCCGAGCGAGCUAGGCCGUGCCGUUGCCGUGCGGCGGAUCAGUGAGGCCGCUCUAGCGACGAGAAGCACGCUGGCCGAGACGGAAAGAGAACAAUUCUCACAGCAACACGCCCCAGGUGGACACGUCAAUAAUGUUUAGGAUAUCGCUAUCUGCUCGUCCAGUUCUCGGAAUUCAAAAGAAUCCCCUUCGCUUUCGGUCCACUGGAAGUAGCCGGAUCCAGAAUGAUGCGACAGGUUCAACUGCCGAACCUGAUUGGGAAAGUGCAAUACCUUACGCCAAAAUUCCAGGGCCAGAGCCUCUUCCAGUCAUCGGGAAUCUGUUCCGUUUCAUGCCCGGUGGUGAAUUCUUCAACAAAGAUAGCUCUGGUCUCUUUAAAACCUUGUACAAGACGUAUGGACCAGUGGUAAAAUUGACUGGCAUUCUAGGUAAACCAGAUUUCGUCGCAGUAUUUGACGCUGACGCAGUGGCUCAGGUGUUUCGCAGUGAAGGACCCUGGCCACUUCGAUUGGGAGGGGACUCCUUGGAGUACUACUAUCGCAAUUUGAGAAAAGACUUACCCUUGAGCCUUGUUGUCGUUCAGGGGAAGGAAUGGCAAGACUUCCGUACAGCCGUGAAUCAGGUCAUGAUGCAGCCCAGAAACACCAAGCAGUACGUCCUGCCCAUCGACCGAGUCAGCCAGGAGUUCGUGGACAGAAUGAAGGCUAUUCGGAGCGAUACAUUUGAAAUGCCCCCAGAUUUCUUCCAGGAAAUAGUGAAAUGGGCGUUGGAAUCGAUUACGUUUGUUGCCUUGGAUGCCGAACUUGGUUUACUGAGGAACUCGGAACCCAGCUCUGAAGCUAUGAAGAUGCUGGAGGCCGAGCACGCUGUGUUCGAAGGCAUGUACGAGCUCGACGUGGAACCGUCUCCCUGGAAAUACAUUUCAACGCCAGCAUACAGACGAUUCGUCGCAGCCAUGGACUUUGUCAACGGAGUGGCGAUAAGGCACGUGAACUUGGCCAUGGAGCGACUCAAGAACCUACCGCCGAACGACGAGAGGAGCUUGAGUGUUUUGGAAAACCUGCUCCUCCGCACCAAAGACCCUCAAAGAGCUGCGACCAUGGCCAUCGAUAUGUUGCUGGGAGGCAUCGACACUACGGGGACUGUCGUGGCGAUUGCACUGUACCAAUUGGCCACCAACCCAGACAAGCAGCUGAAGCUGCAUGAAGAAUUGGACAGGGUGAUUCCAGAUCCUUCAAAGCCCUUAACCGCGCAACAACUUGAGGACAUGAGGUACUUGCGAUCGUGCAUCAAGGAAUCCAUGAGGGUGAUGCCCAUCCUAAUUGGCAAUGCGCGCACCUCAAUCAAGGACUUGGUCAUUGGAGGAUACCAGGUGCCAAGUGGAACCAUGACGGUUAUGAGCACGCUCGCACUUGCGUCCAACGAGGCCUACUUCCCGCGGGCCGGGGAGUUCCUUCCGGAGCGGUGGCUCCCCGGCGCCGACGACAUCAAGGCCACGCACCCCUUCGCCUUCUUGCCGUUCGGCUUCGGGCCGCGAAUGUGCGUCGGGCGCCGGUUUGCCGACCUGGAGAUCGAGACCGUCUUGGCGAAGGUGUUCCGCAACUUCAGCUUGGAGUGGAAUCGCCCUCCUCCCAAGACAAAGUUCCGCACCUUGUUCAGCUUCAUUGACCCGCUCACUUUCACCGUCAAGGACAGAGCCUGAAUCGACAAAGGAGAAGAACGAAGACAGUAACGCCGAUCCUUGUGAUAUACUUUAACUUUAUUUUAUGUAAUAAAUUUUUGAUACAGUAAAAA